CUAAAAAAAAAAAAAAAAGUUAGUUUGGGAACAGGUCUUUCUCUGCCCAACUCACAGGAAGCCUACUGUAGACCCAGUCUGAACAAAGCACGAGGUAGACUAGCCACAGAGUCAUCGGACCAUCCCCCUUGCGAGCCCACCAGUCUGCGUUGUAGAAAACCCUCUCACUCAAACAGCAGCAGCGGUACUGGCAGUACGAUCAAGGCCCUUCCUUCAGUCUCCACAGGCAAACUCCGUUUUCACACCGGCUGCCUACUCCAGGCAUGGCUGACGGCUGUACCCAGUCAUGGCACUGCGACAUUACACCCUCGACUUCAACCUCUCAGCGCCAGCUGACUGUCCUUCGACUGUGCGUGGGCUGCAUUCUAUAUUUCAAGAGCAGGAAAUGACAGAGACUGUUCAUGACACUGAGGGACAUGGAUACCUUGCUACCUUCAUUGGCAAGAAUGGCAGGUUGGUUAUUCUGCGUGUGCACUCCCAAGGUCUGGUUACCGUUGAUCUGCAGUGUUGUGAAGGAGAUAACAUUGCACAAGUAGAUAAUCUUUUGAAUGCACUGGAAAAGAAGCUAAAAAGUCUCCUACAUGGAAACAUUAGGGGGGUCAAGAGGCUCCCAGCUCUGACACGAGGUGCAGCUGUUGAUCGAUACUGGCCCACAGCCGACGGCAGACUGGUGGAGUAUGACAUUGAUCGGGUUGUAUACGAUGAGGACUCUGCAUACCAGAACAUAAAGAUCUUGCACUCACAGCAGUUUGGCAAUAUCCUGAUCCUCAAUGGGGAUGUUAAUCUGGCAGAGAGUGACCUGCCCUACACCCAGGCUAUCAUGGGCAGAGGGAAAGAGAACUAUACAGGAAAGGAGGUGCUGAUCUUAGGAGGCGGUGAUGGAGGAAUCCUCGCUGAGGCCGUCAAACUCAAGCCAAAGAUGAUCACCAUGGUGGAGAUCGACCAAAUGGUGAUUGAUGGGUGCAGGACGCACAUGAGGAAGGCUUGUGGAAGUGUUCUGGACAACCUGAAGGGAGACUGUUACCAGGUGUUGGUGGAGGACUGUGUUCCGGUUCUGAAAAAGUAUGUGGAGGAAGGGAAGACGUUUGAUUACGUCAUCAAUGACCUCACAGCAGUUCCUAUCUCCACAGCGCCAGAGGAGGACUCUACAUGGGAGUUCCUACAGCUCAUCUUGGAUCUUUCAAUCAAAGUACUGCGUCCUACUGGGAAGUACUUCACACAGGGAAACUGUGCAAAUCUGACUGAGGCACUGGCUCUCUAUGAGGAACAGCUGGGAAGGCUCUCAUGUCCUGUGGACUUUUCCAAGGAGGUGGUUUGUGUGCCCUCUUAUAUGGAACUGUGGGUUUUCUACACCGUUUGGAAGAAGUAAAGAGCUCCCUCUCUCCCAUUCAAGCCCUGCCUGCCGGAAUGUGAAAACUGUCCCCCCCACCCAUGAUCCGCUAUCGCACUGAGGGGCGAUAAGACCCCCCGAAAAAAAACAAAAUCUCUACUCACACCGUUUAUUUUAUUUUUUAUCCUUCUAAGUCCAACUCUCAAACUCUUUUUAGAUGUUGGUUUUAUAAUUUUAUGUCUAAACUUGCAAGAGAUUGUAUUUCUGUUAAUUGGAUAUUUUGAGUUGGGCUGUUUUUGCAUAUGUGCUCCAGGGAGAGCUGUGGGGCUGCUACCACUGGAUACACUGAAACCUACUGUAGAGGAUGACUCAGCAUUUCUAUAGCUGGUCCCAGACCUGUCUGGGCUUUAGACUUCUCUGACUAUAGCCUGGUCCCAGACCUGUCUGGGCUUUAGACUUCUCUGACUAUUUUUGUCAUGCCAUACAUGUUACAUGUCUUAUACAUGUUUGAAAGGGCAACAAUACUCCUGAGGAGUUGCCUGAAGCUCAUAGAGAUCUGGGACCAGGCUAUAGUCAGAGAAGUCUAAAUCCCAGACAGGUCUGGGACCAGGCAAGUAUUGACACACUUUAUGCACCUGUCCCUCUGGGUUACUUUUCACAUUUGGGUUAUAAAAGCAGCACCAACCAAUAGCUUUUGGGUUCUGAUUGUGUGAUAGAAUAUGUGCUCCCCAUAGUUUCAACUGAAUGUCUGUUUGUGUGAUUGUUUUUCCUCUUCUGUUGUAACUGUGGCGUGAGUGUGAUUUUGAUUACAGGUGCUUGUCAAGAUGUUGAAAAGGCAGUGUGACCCUGCCCAUUGAGGCUGAAGUGUCCGAACGUGUUUUUAAAAGGGAAAAGGGUCCUCCUUUGUGGCGGUUUCUUGCUUGUAAUGAUUUAUUUUUACAUACUUUGUUUUAAAUUGGUCUAAAAUUCUGUUUGGUGCAUGUGCUGGAAAAGGAAAGUUUUAUUGAAUGUAGCUUACCAUAUACACAGUGCACAUUCAUGCCUUUUGAUGAUUAUUGUGGUGCUUUGUUAAAUUUAUUUAUUGGAUAUUAUUUCACCAAAUGCUGUUUUAUCCCACUGGAAAAAAAAUGUAUGUUCAGCAGUGACUACCUGCUAUUAAAACGAGUUGGAGAAUAAA